AUGUUAAAAGUAGCUGGUGCCUUCUUGAUCCUUCAAGCCGUUUUUACGGCAGGUGCUCCCACCGAUCCGGUGCUGGGCAAGUUUUCAGAAGGGCUCCGUUACGAUUACAUGGAGACUGAUGCUGGGGACCUUGAGUUGGUGGACAACUGGUUGAAGCUCAGCGACUACAGAAGUCUUGCCCGAUUUAACGCUGAUCAAGAUAACGUAUACCUUCUGUUCACCAGGUCGAACCCCAUUGUGGGGCAAGUGUUACAAAUCAACAACGCUGCUUCCGUAAGAUCAUCUAACUACAGCCCUAACAGACGCACAGUCGUUUUGAUACACGGUUUUGCUGGAUCCGCGACAUCCAGGUUCAACAAUGAAUUGGUUCCAGCUUUCUUGGCUGGAGACGACUGCAAUGUGAUAGUAGUGGAUUGGAGUGCUGGAUCCAUGUGGGGACCACGUGCUAAGGCUGUUGGUCAGGCCGGGGCUCGUUUCGUCAAUUGGCUCAUGGCUCAGACAGGUUCCAACCCGAACCAAUUCACCAUCGUCGGCUACAGUGUUGGAGGUCACGGUGCUGGUAUCCUUGGUAGAAACAUGAAUGGUCGUCCCAGUUACAUCAUUGCUUGCGAUCCUGCCGACCGAUGGGACGAUGCUGACGUCUUCCAACCGAAUGAUGGGUUAUACACAGAAGUGAUCCACACUGAUAUUUCAAGCAUUGGCAUGACGAGGGCCCUUGGGCAUGUUGACUUCUACCCUAACCAGGGAACAAUGAUGCCUGGGUGUCUUACCAACUUUUGCAACCAUGAGAUGUCUUUCCGAUACAUAGCUGAAUCAAUGCGAACUGGUGGUUUCCUGAGCAGAAGGUGUCCGACUAUUCAUGCUGCCAUCGCUGGCAAUUGUCAACUCGCCGAAACAAUCAAUAUGGGUGGCAUUUUACCGAAAACCGGACGUUCCGGUAUCUUCUUCUUACGCACAAGAGCAUUCUCUCUCUUCUCUCAAGGAUAA